UAGAAAUUGUCAUAAUUCCAACUACAAAGCAAUUAUUUCGUGAAAAUCACACAAAAAAUAACCAUACAUGCAGAAUCUUAAAAAUUCAACCAAUAAUGACGUACCGACAUUCGAUCUAUAACAAAUAAAAUCUGCAUGCAAUAUCUGCAAGACUGCAUUUUCACUUAUCCUAAGAAUAACACUUAUUUAUCGAAUAAAUUUAGUUAUUCGCACGUGAAAGUACCGGGCCUUAGUGUAGUAUCCGUUGUCAAUGUUCCAACUAGAAGCCUUGUUGUUUCUUUUAGGCAACAAUCGUGCUUUCGGAGGUGGAAUAGUCGAUACCUUGGAGUUUACGGGUAUCUUGUUACUUUUAUUGGAUUUUUUGUUAUUAGAAACAACUUUCCAAGAAUAGGAUUCCCGGUCAUCCGAAGGUAGAUCUCCUUCUGACUUGUCGGUUUGAUUCACAGAAUCCAAACAAGAAUCACCUGGGGUAUCGGAAACAUACAAUAACACCGAUGAGGGCGGUGCGGCAGAUGGGGAUAAAUCACAGGGAUUUCCUCUUCUUUUAGAUUUCUUGUGAUGCUUAUCAACUGGUUCCAUGAUAACGUUUUUAACAUUCUUCAUGGAACGUAUUUCUUUAGAUGAGGAAUCAGAGCCUUUGAAUACUCCUGGAGUUGAAAUUCCAGAACAUACACAGGAGAAUGUUCAGACAAACAAGACAUGGGCAUCAUAUAAACCAUCAGAUUUGUCACAAAAGCUAGGCUCUCCUUUGAGAAGGAGAACCUCAAGUGUUCCAUCUCAUUCUCGAGAUGAAAAUAUGCCUGGUCCCUCAACAGUUCAGAAAACACCAAAAAAGACGACCUGCAAUAGUUGUAAAGUCACUCACUUCCUCAGAUGUAGCUGCAAAAUAUGACAAAUUAUUAGAUUGCCGCCUAGAAAUAGCUGCAUAUACAAAAAAGAGUUGGAGCAAAGAGUUCUACAAAAUGCUGCUAAAUAUGAAAAGGAAAUGUUGCUUGCAAAUAUUCAACUUGAGAUUAAAAAAGAAAAGUUGAAAAGAAUUAGGAGGUCUGAUUAUCUAUAAUAGAAAAUAAUGUAUGAUUAUGAAAAAGCACAUGUGUUGUAACGAAACUUUAGAAUAAACGUGCAUUUUUAUAUUU